GUGAGCAACGCAGCUCAGUCAGCCGCUGCGGACACGGGGCCGAUUCUACGGAACGCAGAUAAUGGUCCCCCAAAAUCCCUCCCGGCAUGCUUACUACCGGAAUGCUCCUUUAGAAAUAUUCUCUCACGAAUAUCAACUAAUUCCACUUUGUGGAAAGUCUGCGCAAUGACAGAAUGCAUCAGAAUGCGUUUUUGUUUCACCAUCAUUGAGAAACGUUUGAUGAUGAACGACCAUAACAGAUGAAACAGCGUGUUAGUUAUGAAAGGCUUAAGGACAGUAGCUCUGUUUCAUAGAUGAGUCGGACAUGCGCAGGUGUCGCCCGGUGCUUCGAAGAUUCAUCGCUUUUGAUUCACUAGGUUUCUCUUUCGACGUUAUUCCAAUGCAAUACUCUGAAAAAUUACUCCUUAUAAACGAGAGCAGUUUGUUGAAGUUUUCAACAAUUCAAGCAAUGUUUCGUUUUUGACAUAGAUUAUACUUUAAGCCUUUUUAAUGAAGAGUGUGUUUGUUCUCCUUCUUGUGGCUGCUGUUGUUAGUACGCAUCCUUUGCAAAAGAAACUUGGAAUUUAAAUCUUUUUGCUUUGUCGCUUAACUUUUCAUAUUUUAUUGACUAUAUAUGCUAAGUGAAUGGAAGCUGGGUGGAACGCAGUAAUAGUCUCCCGAAUGCCAUUCAUUUUUGAAAGAAAAAUCCGAAUGACGAGUCACGUGGGCAGGCGGUCGUGAACUAUGACAGCAGAAGUGAGUUUCACAAAGCGUGCGGCAGCCGAACUGAGCCGGCGCUUCAACGGUCUCACUGUCCGCAGCCGAGGAUCGUCGUCCACCCCUACUCCGAAUCCGUCCGCUUCGAACACCCCUCCUAGCGUCCAGCAGCAGCCUCCAACGAGUGUACCGUCCAGAAGCGGACCAUUAACCACUUGGAUGGUUGAGAAUGUCAAGAGACAACAACAAAGAAGCAAUCUGAAUAAGAAAAGUGAACGCAUCGCAGAAUUAUUGGCCAAUCGUGCUCGGACUUUGGAGGAGUUAUGGCUAGAUCCUUCCUUCCUAGCCACGUUUUUCUUUUACGUAUCACCGCUGGACAGGACGGUUCUCGCACAAGUGUGUCAAUUAUGGAGAGAUGUUCUUUACCAACCUGUAUUCUGGAAUGGUGUGUUGCCAGUGCUUCACUGCAGAGAAUUAAGAGCCACCUCUAAUGAUCUUUCCUCCACUUCAGAACUGCGGAAGAGGGUGUAUUCCAGUUUGGAGAAGCGAGGUUUCUCGUCUCUGUGUCUGUUUGGCGCCGGAGACGAUGACGUUUAUGAUGUGGUCAGCAACUUCCCCAGCACAUAUGUGCGACAGAUUCGUUGGCUGGUGUUACGAUGUUGCAAUGUCACUGAUAAAGGUCACGAGGUUCUGCUCGAAUUCUUCCAUGGCGUUACACAUCUUGAAAUGUCGGGUUGCAACGAGGUGACAGACGCCGGUCUUUGGGCCAGCCUCCACCCACGUAUCGUCCAUCUGACGUUAUCUGAUUGCAUAAAUGUGGCGGACGAGUCUGUUGCAGCCAUAGCGCAGCUGCUUCCGGGUUUACGAGAGCUCAAUUUGCAAGCCUACCACGUCACUGAUGCAGCUUUGGCUUUUUUCGGACCUCAGCAGGGAGGCACUCUGCAAGCCCUCAGGCUUCGCUCGUGCUGGGAGCUCACCAACCACGGAUUACUGAAUUUAGUGCACGUGCUUCCCAAUCUCACAGUGCUUUCGCUCUCGGGAUGCUCAAAGAUUACGGAUGACGGUGUGGAACUCCUUGCCGAAAAUCUGAGGCAGUUGAGGAUCUUGGAUUUGUCUUGGUGCCCCAGAAUAACAGACGCUGCCUUGGAAUACAUUGCGUGUGAUCUCAGCUUGUUAGAGGAACUCACGCUCGACAGGUGUGUCCACGUGACGGACAUCGGAGUGGGAUACCUGUCGACAAUGGUCAACUUGAGAAUACUCUACUUGAGGUGGUGCACCCAGAUACGAGAUUUCGGACUGCAGCAUCUAUGUAGUAUGAGAAACUUGCAAGUGUUGUCUGUAGCUGGUUGCCCUUUGCUAACAUCAAGUGGACUAUCAUCUUUAGUACAGCUGCCAGAAUUAAGAGAGCUAGAGCUCACUAACUGUGCCGGAGCGUCAGUAGAACUGCUAGAAUAUUUGCGAGAACAUCUACCCAUGUGUUUGGUAAUCGAAUAACAUGUCCCGUCCUCAACAUCUACGAGAGAAAGCGUGAUUAUUGAUUUUUCUUAAAUGCUUGUUACACCUAAUUUCAAAAAUAAUUCCAUCAUUCAUAGCUGAUGCAAUACGUGCAUGGCCCUGCUGUGAUGUCAUCUAAAGUUAUCAACAUUAAACUAUAUUAAAAUAUUUCAUACACUAAACCACGUUAAUUUUCCAAAAUAGUUUUCACUAAAUAUCUCGCUGCCCUCCAAGCUGAGUGAAGAAUUUUGAGCUCAGGAGUAAUGUGUCUUCGACUUCUGUCUUACCUGAACUCAAAUGGUACACUUCUUCAUAAAAUGAAUAGAUUUCUUAAUUAAUUUAAAUUUACAUCGAUAUGAAACAUCGACGACUUUAUCCAAAUCACAGACUGUUAAAUAGAAGAAGAAAUAAAAUGAGACAUCAUCUAGCGACGCCGUAUUCUUUCUGGGAAACGUUUAGAAUAAAAUGAGAAAAAGAAGAAAGUGGAAAUGGCACCAGUAGAACAUAAUGAUAUGAAAACAUCUAGAUGUAGGUAGAAUUUACCUCCGAAUCGUCAAAACACAAGUAAAAUCGUUUGAAUUGCAUGAAAUGCACAAGAAUAGAAUGUUCUAGCGAAGUAUUUUAGAUCAUUCUUGAAGGUGAAUGCUCAAAGAUAGCUGCUUUAGAAGUAAUGUUACAGCGAAGUUUUUAUUUAAUUAAGGUAUUCAAAACUUCAAAUCACGUUAAAUAAGUUGUUUCUAAAAAGUAAUAGUCUUGUUUGUCUUUUAUCCUUUGGACAACAUUUGGACACUGUUAUUGGAACUAGAUGCAGCUGGCUCUUUUUUGUGAGCUUAUGACAUUUCGAAAACUGGCAUAAGAAAAAGUGCACAAACACUUAGAACAAAGUAGUAGCUCUGUUCAAAGAAAAUGUGAUUAAUAUUUAGCCAGGAACAAGUUUCAGUGUAAAUGGCAUCAUUUCUUAAGCAUUCAAUCAUUUGCACUAGCAUGACAUAGAAGGUUUAAGAAGCACAGACGUUUUUACCUAUCAAAAUCGAUUCUUCAGUAAACUGCGAUUUUAAAAUUACAGAAUAAGCGACAGCUUCGACUACAAUUAAAUUCUGGAAUGUUUCUAAGGUAUAUCUUGAGGACUUAGCACUAGAAAAAAAUGAAAAGCAAAACCUGAUUUGUUUAUUUUUUGCACUUAUUUGCAUAAUUAAAUCGUAUACAGAAUUGCUUAAGCGUGAUUAUCGCUAGAAAUAUUUUCUUCCUAUAAAAUAUGUAUCAUAAUUACUUUAAAAGUGCAGUUUUAGUUUUAUGAACUAUAAACUAGCACAUUUAUCAAAAUAAUUUCUUCAAAAGAAAAUACUGCUUCAUUACAAAAAAAAAAAAAAAAAAAAAAAAAGAGCCGAUUUAUUUAUGUGAAGAAUUGAAAUUCUGUGUCUUCUUAGAUUUUCUAAUAUGAUGCCUUGGGCAUACGGCGUAACAUUUUGUAUUGUGCACAUGUUUGGAAUGAAUGUAAAUAACUGCGCCAAAUGCACAUAGUAAUUUUAUUGUCCACUUGUACAGAGCGAAAUGUAUGUGCAAAGUUUAACGAAGUGACAAAAAGUUAUUGGUUAAUUCCUUUUAUUACUGUUAUAUAUAAACAUUGUGGAAAAUAAGCGCUAGUAUCAAUGCAGCUAAAAUAUUGAGCUAAAGAAGUGUUUGAGAUGUUGCCACAUCUUUUUUGUAUAACUCCAGUUGCAAAGGAAAAAAAAAACAAAUUCUUUCUCAAUCCACUUGGAUGAUUUAGCAUGUUCUACAUUUUAUUAAGCAUGAUUGAUAAUAAAGACUAUUCUAAAUAUUCGCCAGAUUUUUCAAAAUACAACUUAAUUUUAAAAUAUUCAUACUUUAUUAAAAUACUUUUGUAAGAUGUUUAAUUUUUAUGGUUAUUAUGUUACAUAUGUUAGCAGUAUAUUCAAUAUUUCUCCUUAUUUAUAUAUCAGAAUUCUGAACUUAAAAAGCAUUAAUGAAACGUUUAACGCUUUACAACCAGUAACUGCAGCAAGUUAUAUAGCUAAUUAAUUAACUAAUUAAAAAUUAUAUAGCUAGAUAUCUGAAGACGAAUUACAAUUGACUGAUGACAUUUAUGCCACAUAUUUCUAAUUUUAGAAAUACUAAUAGCUGCAUUGCAUAAAUUACUAACAUUAAAAACUUAAAAAACUUCA